CACCUAUUUGCAGGCCAAAGAGGCUGGCCCCACCCUCCCAAGCCUCAAAACAGGACGCCAUUUUGCCUCUUCAGCUUUUCCCUGGCUCAUUGGGAAACAGCAGUCCCCUUCUACAAGGUAAGACAGCACUGUUUAUAACAGACUGAAGACAACCUCAUUCUUAUCUUUUAAAGGAUGCCUUUUCAUGCUUAGGAACAUUUCUAGCCCACAACCCCCCAAUCCAACCCCCCCCCCCCCUUGAUCCUUCUGCCACCUAUUUGCAGGCCAAAGAGGCUGGCCCCGCCCUCCCAAGCCUCAAAACAGGACGCCAUUUUGCCUCUUCAGCUUUUCCCUGGCUCAUUGGGAAACAGCAGUCCCCUUCUACAAGGUAAGACAGAACUGUUUAUAACAGACUGAAGACAACCUCAUUCUUAUCUUUUAAAGGAUGCCUUUUCAUGCUUAGGAACAUUUCUAGCCCCCAAACCCUCAAUCCCAGCCUCCCUUGAUCCUUCUGCCACAUACUUCCAGGCCAUGCAGGCUGGCUUUCUCCUCCUAGGCCUCAAAGAGUAGGCCAUCUUCCCUCAACAUUGCUCCAAAGAAGGUAGCUUUCGCCUGGGUCAUUGGGAAACUGCACUCUCCUUCUAUAAGGUAAGACACUACUUUUCACAACAGACCAAAGAGAACAUUGUUAUUAUAUUUUUUAAUUAUACCUUUUCAUGCUUAUGAACACUUCAGGUCUUGCAAGCUAUCCCGAGACUGUUAGGCCGCACACCAGUCCGCCCUCUUCCCAGUUCAACGUUGUUCUAAAGGAGCUGACCUCUUCCAGGAUAAUUUGGACGUAGCACUGUACCUACACAAGAUAUUACAAGCUGUCCUGACCCUGUUAGACCACAAAACAGCCAGCUUCUUCCAGGAUAAUUUGGACACAGUACUGUCCCUACACAAGGUAAGGUCCUACUUUAUUCAAAAAACAAAAGCCUAAAAUGAUUAUUAUGUUUUUAAUGUUUUCUUCUAAACAACAAGAUGGGGUUUAACAGACUGUUUCUUCCCGUCUGAUUCCUUUUCAUCCCCCCUCCAUAUUAGUCUGUGUGUGUGUGUGUGUGUGUGUGUGCGCAUGUGUAUGAACAGUUCUAACUACCACCAACCUCCUUUGGAUCUUCUGCUGAACAUUUUCAGGGUCUUACAAGCUAUCCCAAGACUGUUAGGCCGCAUAACACCCUGCAGUCUUCCCAGUUCAACAUUGCUCCAAAGAAGAGGGCUUCUUCUAGAAUCAUUAGGAAACACCACUGUCCCUACAAAAGGACUUACGAGCUGUACCAGUUACACGGUACAACUCCUCACCCUCCUCCUUCAACAUAGUUCCAAAAAGGAACGUUUUGGAACAGCAGUGUCCCUCACCAAGGUGUGGUAGCUUCAAAAUGUCUCAAAAAAGAAAAUCUACCAUAGGAAAAAUCCCUCCAAAACCAAAAAAGGAAAAAUUCCAGCAAGCAAGUGAGUCCACUGAUUGCCGACUUGAAAAUACCCAGGAAACAGCUAAUGCAUCAAGGAUUGCAGAGACUCCACAACAUCAUCACACCAGACUUGGAGAAAUGCAAGAAAGAGCCACUAAGUCAAGACCAACAAAGACUCCAGAACAGCUACAGGCCAGGCUUCAACAAAAGAGAGAAAAGGCCAGGGCAUCCAGGGCAGUUGAGACUCCAGAACAACGUCAGGCCAGACUUGCAGCAAUGAAAGAAAGAGCCUCUAUUACAAGACCAACAGAGACUCCACAACACCGCCAGGCCAGGCUUCAACAGAAGAGAGAAAAGGCCAGGGCAUGCACAACAGCAGAGACUCCAGAACAACGUCAUGCCACACUUAGAGUAAAGCAAGAAAGAGCCUCUAGGUCCAUAGCAUCAGAGACCCCAGAACAGCGUCAGGCCAGACUUGGAGUAAUGAAAGAAAGAGCCUCUACAUCAAGAGGAGCAGAGACUUCAGAACAACGUCAGGCCAGACUUGCAGCAAUGAAAGAAAGAGCCUCUAUUACAAGAGCAACAGAGACUCCACAACACCGUCAGGCCAGGCUUCAACAGAAGAGAGAAAAGGCCAGGGCAUCCACCACAGCAGAGACCCCAGAAUACCGUCAGGCUAGACUUGGAGCAAUGCAAGAAAGAGCCUCGACAUCAAGAGCAACAGACACUCCAGAACAGCACAAUGCCCGACUUCAAGCAAUCAGGGAAAAAGUCACUGCAACAAGGAAAGAAAAGCAUUCAAAUUUCUUGCUUGAAGGUUUUCACUAUGAUCCUCAUAAGGACUAUGAUCAAUAUUCCAAUGUUAUUAUUGGACAAAUGGACCAAAUAUGUAGUUACUGUCAUGCCAAGAAAUUUAAAAUGGAACCACCUGGGUUGUGCUGUAAGAGUGGGAAAGUUGCACUGCCACCUUUACAACAACCACCAGAUGAACUUCUUUCUUAUAUGUCUGGAAGUACUUCAGAAUCAAAACAUUUCUUACAGAAUAUAAGAAGAUACAAUUCAUGUUUUCAAAUGACAUCUUUUGGUACCACCUCUGUUGUUGGAGAAAGGAGCUUCCCAACAACUUUCAGAGUGCAAGGCCAAGUCUACCACACGGCAGGAUCUAUGAUGCCUUUACCCGAUCAAAGCCCCAAGUUUUUACAAAUUUUCUUUAUGGGGGACGACCAACUAGAAGCAGAUCAACGAUGCCAUUACAUUCCUGAUGUCAGACGUGAUAUUGUCUUGAACUUACAACGGAUGUUUCAUCAACACAACCAUAUAAUUAAUACAUUCAAAACAGCGCUAGAACGCAUGCCAACAGAUGAAUACAGAGUUGUUAUCAGAGCUGAUAAAAAGCCAGUGGGAGAGCAUGAACGUCGCUUCAAUGCUCCUCAAACAAAUGAAGUUGCAAUCGUCAUAUCAGGUGAUGAAUUUGAUCAACGUGACAUCAUCAUCCAAAGGCGCAGUAAUUCACUCCAACGCAUAGCAGAAACACAUCGAUGGUAUGAUGCACUUCAAUACCCACUAAUAUUUUGGCAAGGUGAAGAUGGGUAUCAUUUCAACAUCAUGCAAAUCAACCCAACUUCAGGUGCACCAACUAACAAAAAAGUCUCAGCAAUGGACUACUAUGCAUACAGAAUAAUGAUUAGAAGUCAUGAGCGUCUUCUCUUUAUACGCCAAAAUCAAAAGAAACUUCGAGUGGACGAAUACAUCCACUUAAGGGAUGCUGUCUCCAAUGAUAGAAGUGUUGAUAACAUUGGGCAAAUGGUCAUUCUACCUGCUACAUUCACAGGAAGCCCAAGACACAUGCACAAAUAUGCUCAAGAUGGCAUGACAUAUGUGAGAUCUUAUGGAUGCCCUGACUUAUUUAUCACUUUCACCUGUAAUCCAUCUUGGUCAGAGAUAAAAGAAGAACUUUUAUUCGGACAGACACCCAGCGAUCGUCAUGAUUUAAUAGAAAGAGUGUUCAAACAGAAACAAAUAAAGUUAAUCAAUGUAAUAAAUAAGAGCCAUGUAUUUGGAGAAACACAGUGCUGGCUGUACUCAAUCGAAUGGCAGAAACGAGGACUUCCACAUUCCCAUAAUCUAAUUUGGCUGAAAGACAAAAUUCAUCCAACUGACAUAGACAAUGUUAUAUCUGCAGAAUUCCCAAAUCCAUCUGAAGACCCUAGCCUCUAUGCAGUGGUGACCAAAAAUAUGAUUCAUGGGCCGUGUGGAAACUUUAAUAUGAAUGCACCGUGUAUGAAGGAAGAAAAGUGCAGCAAGAAGUAUCCCAGACAAUUGGUUACAGACACACAAACAGGACAUGAUGGCUAUCCUCUCUAUAGAAGACGAGCACCAUCAGAUGGUGGCUUCAUGGCAAAACUCAAGAUUAGAGGCAAGACAGAAGUAGAAGUGGACAACAGAUGGGUUGUUCCAUAUUCUCCACUCCUUUCUAAAAUGUUUCAAGCACACAUUAAUGUGGAGUACUGUAACUCAAUAAAAUCCAUUAAGUACAUCUGCAAGUAUGUGAACAAGGGAAGUGACAUGGCUGUUUUUGGACUCACUAAUGAAAACAGAAAUGAUGAAGUCUCUCAAUACCAGCUCGGAAGAUAUAUCAGCAGUAACGAAGCAGUUUGGCGGAUUUUCAGCUUUCCGAUCCACGAACGCCAUCCAACCGUUGUUCACCUUAGUGUGCAUUUAGAGAAUGGCCAAAGAGUCUACUUUACAAGAGAUAAUGCUGAGACAGUUGCUGCCGAACCACCACAUACCACCUUGACAGCAUUCUUUCAGCUAUGUCAACAGGAUCUGUUUGCAAGAACACUGCUAUAUCCUGAAGUUCCAAAAUAUUACACAUGGAACGCAUCCAGAAAGGUUUUCUCCAAAAGAAAACAAGGAAUGUCAGUUUCAGGGCAUGAUGCAGUUGCCAGCAAAGCCUUGGGUCGUGUGUACACCAUUCAUCCUAACAAUGCUGAAUGCUUUUUUCUUAGGAUAUUACUUCACACUGUUCGAGGACCAACGUCUUUCGCAUUUUUAAAAACUGUCAACGGAGAGGUGUGUAAUACUUUCAGAGAUGCAUGCCAAAAGCUUGGUCUAUUAGAGGAUGAUCAAUACUGGAACUUUACCUUAUCAGAAGCAGCAUUUCAAUCUUCACCAGCUCAAAUACGGAACCUUUUGCCAUCAUCCUGACAACCUGCUAUCCAUCAAACCCUAAUGGACUAUGGGAGAAACACCGAGAAAGCAUGGGUGAAGACAUACUUGCAAAACUGCAAAGA